AUGGCGUUAAAAAUAAAGAACAAAAUUGUAAAAAAAAAAGCCAAUAGUAAGGGUACUACCAAAAGGAAGAAAGAAAAAAAUGUAAUAAAUGAAUUGAAUGAUUCUUUAAAUUGUAAUCCUUUCAUGAAAAAAGAAGAAAUAAAACCAUUCAUUUUAAGCAUAGAGGAUGAAAGGAAGGAAGACAACGAAGUAGAAAGAAAAGGGACAUUUGAAAAAUUACUAAAAAAAAGAAUAAAGCAAAUGAAUAACAAAUUAAAAGAACUAAAUAAGGGGAAUACUGAAUUCAGCCAAAUGUAUGAAGAUGAUAUUGAAAAAUUAGGCAAAAGAUGGUAUGAAAAAAAAUUAGUUAACGAUGUACCAAGAAAAUUAACAAUAUUCUGA